UCCGUGGCCCUGGGUGAUCGGACGGGUGGGCGGCCCACUGACGCCCUCUGCGCCCUACGGGUGAGCGGGGCACAGAAAAAUGGCUGCCCUCGCCAGCUCACUGAUCCGGCAGCGCAGGGAAGUCAAGGACCCCCAGGCCAACCGACAGAUCUCCACCAAACGCAAGCCUUGCCCCAAGAGCAACAAGUCGCUCUGCCAGAAACAGAUCCUCAUCCUCAUCUCCAAAGUCCGGCUUUGUGGCAGUCGAGGAAGAAAACUAGAAAAAAGACCCGAGCCUCAGCUGAAAGGUAUCGUCACACGUCUGUAUUGCCGGCAUGGCUUCUACCUGCAAAUGUUACCCGAUGGCACCUUGGACGGCACAAAGGACGAAAACAGCUCCUUCUUGCUGUUCAACUUGAUUCCUGUGGGUCUGAGGAUAGUGGCCAUCCAGAGCACCAAGACGGGACUCUACAUAGGCAUGAACAGCGAGGGCUACCUCUACACAUCA